CAUUCAAGAUGUGAUGAAGUGAGAAUUACGCCCCGAGCUGUUCGAGCCAGCUCGCCCACAGAUUCAGAGGCCUCGGAUCUCACGAGGUAUUUAUAUUCAUUUUUCCGUUCGAACCAACUUUUCUCGCCGGUUCCUCGACAGACUUUGAAAAGAUGAACUCAAAACAAUUGAAAAUCAGAAUUAGUUCAAGUUUUCGGAAGAUUUGCAAAAAAAAAAUCCUACAUCAUAAGGAAAAUAAUCUCUAACUGACCUAUUUGGUGACCUCAACUUUAAGAGGUCAAGCAUGAAAUGCUGGACGACGCAUAACUAUGAGAUCACGAUCUUCUAAUCUUUAUGUAACUUUUCCAAAAAUAGCAAAAACUAUGUGGACUGGGAGGGAAGUCAAAACUGUGACCUAUCCGGCGACAAAAUAUCUCUUAAUGGGUCUUCAAAAAAUGGCAAAGAUCCCCUCGAUCAGAAUAGGAAUCGAAACUGUCAUUUCUACAGUGGUCUGGUUUUCAGAAACAAUAAAAAAACCGCUCCGAAGAUCAGACCCAAUACCUUAACAAUGCCGACUUGCAGAGACGCCAAUCGACUACACAACGACGCCAGCCGCCCUUCGGCACCCAGAGUUGGCGGAGCUAGCAGACAUCUGCUUGGUGUCAUAGCCAUCGCUUGGAGUCGAUGGCUACGACAUCCUACGCGUCGUCCACCAAUCACCACGACUCCAGCCUGGAUUCCUCCGCUCAACGCGAGUCUCGGGGUGGCCAAUCACCAAAGUGUACUCGGAAAGGAGCACGGAAGCCGCCACUCGUCUACGAGUUCGACAAACUUUGCGCGUUGGCUUUCCUCAACGUCGAAGGAAAAGCGUAAGUAUCUGGCGAAGCCAAAUUUUCAGCUUUGAUCAAAGCCUCCAAUAUUUUUCCGCCAAACUUCUACAUAGCUUGAAUGAAGCCUCAGCUUUUCUUAUGGCGAGUUCAUCGGAGAAACGAAGCAUGCUUCAAAACGGAAAAUCGUUUUCAUCGGCGCGCCAGAGUUGCUCCAAAAAAAUACUAAUUUUUCUUUUGGAGAAUUCUUUGCGUUCGAAGAAAUUUUCGUUUUUUUUCCGAUGAAAACGCCAUUAGCUUUUCGCGCGCCAAUUCGAAAAAUGCGCUGGCGCACAAAAGGCCAUUAUCAUUCGUCAUUCAGCUUGUGUAUCAAACUGGGCGGCCCGGACUUUGGGCCGAUAGCCAUAAAACCGCCGAAAGCCGUUUUUUUUCAUCUCAUUAUAACAUUUCUGUCAAUAGUUUUUUCAAUAGGUUUUUUUUUCAGACGGCCUCCUGUCGCUCGAUGAAGGAGCGGCCGAACCAGUUUCUGGUUUAAACUUCAACAUAGGCUUGCUGGUAGUUCUCGGCCCGAUGUACGUUUUUUUGUUUGAAGCUUAGAGCUGCAAUCGACUUUUUCAGGUUUGCCGUAUAAAAAUAGCGAGAGGGUUUCAUUCAAAUAUCUCAUUCAAAUAUUCCUGUCAAUAGGUUUUUUUUUCAGGCGGCGUUUACUGCGCACUUCUACGUCGUCAGCAAACACCGAUACGAAGAGAAGCGGAUCGGAAGCAUUCCUUCUGUCGUUCAAAGAAGUAGCGUCCGGUCUCAAUGUGGCCGGAGUUUAUAG